AUCAAAUAAACUGAAUUGUACUUUUUUUAUCCACUAAAUCUCCUUAUGAUGGCUCUAUUCUGUAGUUUAUAGAGCAUAAUAAUGACUUUAUAGAUGCAGUCGUGAACAAAAUAAGAAAAAUUAGGCCAAUUUCCUUACCGGGCACCCUCAAAGUCCUCAAAUCCAUUGAGUAAAUUUGGGGUGAGUUGAAAAAUAAACUUGUACAUUCAAAGGAAAGCAUUUGGCUUGAGAAAUAAAGGAAAUUGGAAAUAUAUUGAUGCUGCCAGAGGGAUGUGCGUGCUGUAAUUGCUGUGGAAAAACCAAAUAUUAAAGUUAAAGUGAAACGGUAUGACUCACGUCAUCUGAUAUUUGUUGCACUCAGAACAACCAUCAUAAGGAAAUUAAAUCAGGAUUUGGAGGAAAAAGUCAUUUUUUCCCAAAUAAUAUUAUCCACCACUGUAUAAAUGGACAUUUUGGCCACCGUUUGGAUAGAUAGAUUUAGACAUUUUAGGAUUUUUGCUUUUUUAAUCUUUAAAAUCUUUUUUUGCUGUUUCAUCGUAUAGAUAGUGUGUAAGUUCACCCAGGUGCUUCAGACAGAGGCAGUAGUUUAUUUACAGUGUGGGAUGGGCUGCUGCCGCUGCAGUCGGGCUCGAUCUGAUGAGAGGGAUUGAUCGAGCGCGCGCAGCUCGCACACACGCUCUCAUUGUGAAUAAUGUCACACGCGCGUAGAAAGAAUCCGCUGAUCUUUACAUUCACGAGCCGCACAGUAGAGGACAUGUAUUAGGGGACCCAUCAUGAGCCAAACUGAGCUGGAGAUGUCAGGCCCGAGUGUGAGUGGACACGGUCGCAAUGUGAGGAAGAGAAGGUGGGGAGGAUUGAGACAGCAGUGGAAACUUCUGGGUCUCUUUGAGAUCGACCAACAACAUGAAUUUUACAGCCUUACCUGUAUGAUGAAGGAAGGGCUGUGUGCCGCCAUUCAAAACACCAUUGACAACCCUUUACCUGUUGAGUUAUCAGAUGAUGACUACAAUCUUGAGGUUACACAAAUCCAUAAGGACUUCAGGAUGGAAACAUAUGCUGGGCCGGUUUUUGCCAGUUUGCGACGUUCUCUAGGGAUGACAGAAAAGGAAUAUCAGCAUUCCCUCUCUUCUGAAGGCAACUAUUUGCAAUUUAUCAGCAAUUCCAAGAGCAAAGCAGACUUCUUUAUAACUAAUGAUAAGAGGUUCUUCUUGAAGACACAGAGUAAAAGAGAGAUCCGAUUUCUCCUGUCUAACUUAAGAAUUUACAUGGAACAUCUGGAGAAGUAUCCACAUUCUCUACUUGUCAAGUUUUUAGGUGUUCACACAAUCAAAAUUUCUCACCAAAAGAUGAAGUACUUUAUUGUGAUGCAAAGUGUCUUUUACCCAGAUGAAAGAAUCACUGAAAGGUAUGAUAUUAAAGGCUGUGAGUUGAACCGGUGGACAGAUCCAGCCCCUAAAGGCAGCCAUAUCAUUGUUGUUUUGAAGGAUCUCAAUUUUGAGGGACAGUUCAUUAAUCUAGAUCAACAGCGUCUUUGGCUCUUGCGUCAGGUGGAGAUUGACACAACCUUUCUUCAGUCGCUCAAUGUGCUGGAUUACAGCCUUUUGCUGGCCCAACAGCCCCUGCAUCAGGAUGAGCUCAGUCAGAACUUCUCUUUCGCAACACUCAUCAUGCGUGCCGCAAAGUCAGUGCAAGCAACGUCCAGUCCUACGCACGUUGCUACACCCACUAUUCCUGGAGUGGUGGGAGAAGACUACACCACUCUUAUCUCCUCAGAACUAAACUGUACGUCAUCACAGGGUCACGCCACCGAAAUGCGCAGUGACCAUGGCGGUGCAGACAAUGGAAGUUAUGAAGGAGAAAGUAUGGAGCAACCUAGCAGAGUGGGAGCAGAAUCGGCCAAUCUACAAGAAUUUCAGGCCCAGAAUCGAAGGCUGCUGCCUAACUUUAAGAACCCACUUCACGUUAUUGAUGGACCAGAGGAGCGUUACUUCAUCGGGAUCAUUGAUGUCUUCACUGUUUAUAGUUUCAAAAAGAAGCUUGAGCAUCUGUGGAAAAGACUCAGAUAUCCACGACAUACAUUCUCAACAGUGAGCCCUCCAGUCUACUGUCAAAGGCUAUGCCAGUGGGUUCAGAAUCAUACCAAAUAAAGCAUGAGAGAUUUGAAAUUUGUCACUGCUCAGACACCUGAGCCAUAUACCUCAUUAUAUAAGCACAGGCCAACACAAUACAAAUGCAUUUGAGUGUGCGCGUUUUUGAAUAAAUUGCAAGUAAUGUCUGGAGCACUCGCAUUUAAUAGUAACAAUUGCAAUGUGCAGUGAUUGCAGAUGUAUUGUUUUAUUGAACGUUACAAAAGGAUUGUGUUAAGCAAUGUUUUUUUUUAUAAAUGAAUGGUAAAUGAAGACUGAACAGUUUGUGGCAGAUAAAAAUAGAUAGAUUAAAAAAUUGCUUUUAUUAGACCCAAAUGAAAUGAAUGAUACCAACAUAUCUAACAAAAAAGAUGUUUUUGCUCUUUAUUCUGUUCAGAAACUGUAAAAUGUGAUGUGAGGCCACAAGUGCAGCAUUCAAAUGUUUUUAA